AUGCAUAGCUAUAAUUUACAAGCUAAACUUACAAGUAGUAACUGGCACUUGAUGCUUAUUAAAGGACAUUGUGGUAUUGGCAAAUCAAAUAAGUUAGCAGAGAAAAUAAAAACACUAUGUCAUUCUGAUGGUUCUUCUGUUUUAAUUCUCAUCAUUUCCGACUGGCGUAGUCUAGUCUAUAGUCAAAAAGUUCUUUUCAAAGAGUUUAAGUCUUAUCUCGAACUGGAUAUAAAAAAGCUUAAUUCUAAAGAUACUCUAAAACUCAUUAUCAGUCCUGAAAGCAUUCACAAACUUGGAGCAACUGGCUAUGAUAUAAUUAUACUAGAUGAGUUUGAAACUAUCAUUCAGAAUUUUAGUAGACCUACUAUGAAAAAACUGAAGCUAAGCUAUAACAUAUAUAAAUCCUUACUUCAAUCUGCAUUAUUAAUAUUGGCUUUAGAUGCUACAUUAGAUUUAGACUCACUUCAUAUACGAGAUAAAUAUUAUGCUCUUAUAUAUAUUAAUACCAAAAAAUGGAAUGCUGAAUUAAUUGGAGCUCUGAAACAAGGAUUAAAAGUCUAUAUUCUAAUGUUUGCUAGUGCAGAAAUAGCAGAAGCUCUUUAUAAAGAAUUGGCAUCUCAUGGGUAUCAAGAUAAAUGUUUUUUCAAUGAGCUAUUAGAAACAAAGAAAAGAGACAUAUUUGCUAAUAUUAAUGAUGCAGUGGCAAAUCUCAAUUAUUUAAUAGCAACUCCAGUCAUAACUUGCAGUAUAAGUAUAAUAAUAGAAAACUUCGAUAUAAUGUUUGCAUAUUUUCGCACAUUAGCCAGUCUAACAAGCAAUGAAGCAUAUCAGAUGUUGCACUACAUUAAAAAGUUAAAUCAAAAUGUAGUGCAUGUUCUAACAGAUUUAUGUGGUGAUAAUUUGCUAACAGACUGUGAAGAUUUACUUCAUUUUAUUAGCUAUCGAUGUAAUGUCACAGAAUAUCCCAACUUAGAGGAAGCUCAUUAUAAUAAAACAUUUACUCUUGAUGGCAAAUGGAUUUUUAAACCAAAUGCAUCUUUAGAAACUCAUCUUUAUAAUGCAUCCUGCCAUAAUGCAUCUAGAAACGAUUUUGUAGAUUUAUUAGCUAACCGUCUUAGUGAAUGCAGUUAUGAUAUUUGUGUUGCUAAAAAUUGCCCUUCUAUUGAUUUAAAAAUCACAGAAAAUAAUAAAGGCAAAGAAUUGCUUUUAAAUGAUAUAGACCCAGCCUGGAGACUUGCUUUACAGAAAUACAAUCUAGCAUUUUUUUAUAAAAAGACUCCUGAAGAUAUAACUGAAAAUUUUGUAAAAAAAUAUUCUCAAAAAAAGAUGCAAAAUGUGUAUAGUGCAUUAGUUCAAGCUGUAAAUCCUCUUGAUAACUUACAUAAGAAUUAUAGAUUUAUGGUUAUUGGAAACUUAUGA